UGAGACAGCGACAUACAGCGAGAGGUGCCUGUUGGGAGUUACCAUGGAAACCAAGACGGCAAUGUGGCGAGAGCGGGAGGAGGAGUCAUCCCGGAUGUCUCACAGCAUGAAGGUGUCCUCACGCAGUAACAAGAAGACUUUCACCUCCAGUGACGAUGAAGUCCCAUAUUCUGAUAUCUUUCCCAUCAUCCCCGCUGACGUGAUGCCUGUUAAGGAGAUCCUGAACAUGGAAAACCUCCCCCGCCACGGAACAUGGGAAAUCCUGAGGGAAAUCCGAGCGGCCGACGAAGGCGACCACCGAAAUAAGUGGACAAUGUUUGGAAAUGAGGCAGAGAAGUUGGAGGUGGGCCUGAUCCGAAGCCAACGUUUGUUACGCACCCGUGUGGACAAAAUGGCCCUUCGCAAAGAGGCACAAAAGAAAGCGUCCGAGCACUUGGAGUAUCUGGAGCGUCUAAGUCAGAAGGUGCCAGACUUCGCCGUGCCCCUAAGGGCUUACACUGUCUGGGAGGGCAUGACGGUGCAGCUCGCCUGCGUGGUCGAAGGCUACCCACCCCCUGAGGCCGCUUGGUACAAAGAUGGUAAACCGCUGAGAAAGCCUGAGAUGCCAUGGAAUUACGGCCUUCAGCAAGCGUUUGGUCUUAAUUACCUGGAGAUCAGACGAUGCUCUCCUGAUGACGCCGGUGUGUUCAAAGUGGUGGCCAAGAGUCCCCUGGGUGAAGCUACAACAUUCGCCACACUCGUGGUGAACUCAUAUAAAGGAGCCACGGCUGGUUUGGACGAUUCCCGUUAUCAGGCCUCGCAGCAAGCCAGCUUUGCUACCACUUUUCCGCCAACCUGGGUGAAAGAAGGCGACAGUCUCACACUGAACUGUUCAUUCACCUCGACUCUGCUGCCCUUCCAGCGGGACGUCACCUGGUUCAGAGAUGGGACACAGCUGCUCCAGUCUUGCGCUGUGGACAUGAAGACAACAAACAACACAGCCUCCAUUACACUAAGUGCUGUAUACAAGGAACAUGAAGGAGUUUACACAGUCCGUCUGAAGACCUGGGAUGGAAUCCUGGAAUCAAGUGCCUAUGUCUACGUCGAAGAUGCAUCCGCCACAGUGGUCGGAGGUCCUGCGUCUCCCUUGUUGGUCCAGGUAUCUGAUGUCAACAAGGACUACGUCUUUCUGACCUGGCAGCCACCCAGUGCUGAUGGAUCGUCACCUGUGGAGGGCUAUUACAUCGAGAGGUGUGACCUCAGUCAGGGCCAGUGGGUGCGCUGUAACGUGCACCCUCAGAAAGCUUGUCACUACCCGGUGUUUGGGCUGAAAGAAGGAGCCAGAUACCAGUUCAGAGUUCGGGCCGUCAACCGAGCCGGCGUGGGUCACUCUUCCAAGGCGACAGCGCCCAUUCUCAUUGAGGACCCCCUACAACAUUCUAGGACCAUGACAGGCCAGGUUCGAACUCCCUUUCCACCCACCAACGUCCACGCCUGCAAGCUGAGCGACACAUACGUGGUAUUGAGCUGGACUGAACCAGAACCUCGAGGGAAGGAGCCACUCACCUUCUACGUGGAGCAGUCGCAGGAAGGGAAGAGCAGCUGGGAAAUGGCCAGUCUAGACUCGGUGGUCAACUCUCCCCGGUUUCCCAUCUUUGACCUAGUCAAAGGAACGCAAUAUUGCUUCAGAGUGCGCGCCGUCAACAAGUACGGCGUCAGUGAGCCAUCAGAGCCAAGUGGCUGGAUCUGUUUGGGAAAACCACAAAGUGUCCCCACUCCACCGCCCUCCAUCUUGGGCUUCCGAGAUACAGAUACCUCAGUUUUGCUUCGGUGGCAGGAGCCCAAAGACACAGAGGGUGUCCUGGGAUAUUAUCUGUACAGCAGCGAAACUGGCCAACGGGACUGGAAGGUCAUUAACAACAAACCCGUUACCAACCCCAGGUUUACAGUCCACGGUCUCCAGACUCGUAAGGAAUAUGUGUUCAGGGUGAAGUCAGUGAGUCGAGCAGGAAACAGUGACUACUCGGAGGAGUCUCUUCCCAUCCUGGUCAAAGCUGCCACUCGUGUCCCCUCGGCUCCCUCUGGCAUCGCUUUGCUGAUGUGCACGGGUUCAGAGAUGGUUGUGGGCUGGAGGAGGCCUCGCUUUGACGGCGGUGACCCCGUGAGGGGUUAUUACCUUGACAAGCAGGAGGCAGGCACCGAAAUGUGGCGGGAGGUCAACAUAAAAGCGGUCAGAGAGAGGCGGACCACGGUUUCCAACCUGACCAGGGGGCUUUGGUACCAGUACCGCGUGUUUGCUGCCAACAUGGUUGGCGUGGGGAAGCCGUCGGAGGCCAGUGAGGCUUUCUUGUGUGAGGAGUGGACCAUGCCAGAGCCUGGUUGUCCCUUUGACUUGGAGGUCCGCGAGGUGAGGGACCACUCGUUGGUGGUCCUGUGGGCCGCGCCGCUCUACGAAGGCCGGGGCCCCGUCAAGGGAUACUUAUUGGAAAUUAGCCAGGGCGACCAGUCGGACACAUGGACCGCUGUGAAUGCCGAGCCGGUCACGGACACGUAUUACAAGGUUUCGGGUCUUCAGCCAGGUCAAAGUUAUCGUCUGCGUGUGUCGGCUGUCAAUGAGGCCGGAGCGGGAGCCGCCUCCCUCCCUUCGGAGCCAGUCACGGCACAGACCUCGCCAGACAUCAAAAACAUUAAGGUGGGCGUGGACGACGACGGUUUCAUCUACCUGGGAUACGAGUGUGAUCACGUGGACGACGGCAGCGAGGGUCUCUGGAACAAAAACUACACCGAGCCCAUUGAUGCCGCGCGAGCUCAGGCGGACAACAAGGAUGGCAGGACUGUUCUCACUUUCCGCGACCCCUCUGAGGAAGAUCUGGGUCUCUACACCGUGGAGAUGAGUGACGAUCCCAGCCUGUCAUCCAGCUAUCUCCUGACUGCCGAAGACCUUGAACGGCUCAAAGAACUCAGCCAGCAAGUCAAAAAUCCACUGAUCACACUGAAGUCGGGCUGGAAUGUGGAGGUUUCAGAGAUGGGUGGCGUGCGUCUGUGGCUUCAGACGGAGAGUCUGAGUGACGAUGCCGAGCUGCGUCUCGUUUUCAACGACAAAGAAAUCUUCAGCACUCCGCACCGCACAAUCCAAUUUGACAAAGCCGCCGGGCUGGUGGAGGUGCUGAUGGAUCGGAUCGGCCACGAGGAUGAAGGCUCAUACACGGCCCAACUGCGGGACGGACGCGCCAGGAACCAGUUUACGUUGGUCUUGGUGGAUCAAAAAUUCCGCGAUCUGAUGGUCCUGGCAAACGCCAAGCGACGCGACCACGAGAGAAGGAGCGGACCGUACUUCGAGGAGUUCUUGUCGUGGAACGUUAACGAGGAUUGCCAAGUGAUCAUAAAGUGCAAGGUGACAAACACGACCAAAGACUCCACCCUCAGGUGGUUCAAGGACGGCAUAGCGAUGACACAGACUGAUUACGACCACCCCUCUGGAGUCGGCGCAAUCACUAUGCCACAGGUUGAAAAAAAGCAGACGGGCUCGUACAAAGCGGUGGUGUCAGACGCCAGAGGAGAGGACGUCACCACCUUGUCGUUGCAGGAUGAAGAGUAUGACAAGCUUCUCCAGAAACUGAGCAAACAAUGUGGAUUGUCAGCAGGUCCGCUCAGGGUUCAGAGCACGGCAGAAGGUUUCAGGCUCUACUGCUGCCUCAUCUAUUAUAUCAGUUACCUGAAGACCACCUGGAGCUUCAAGGGGAAACAAAUGGAACCACAGUCCAGGACCAGGAUGGGCAGCAAUGUGCACACGGUUUGGAUGGACAUCUACAACCCGACAGAAAAUGACAAAGGCAAAUACACCCUGGAGAUGUUUGACGGCGUCGAGACACACGAGCGUCACCUGGAUCUGUCGGGACAAGUAUUUGCAGAUGCCUUGGUGGAGCACCAGAGACUGAAGCAAGAGCGCGUCAUUGAGAAAAAUCGGGCCAAAGUGACAAAAGGUCUCCCAGAUGUGGUGGCCAUCAUGGAGGGCAAGUCUCUGUGCCUGACGUGCUUCAUCGAGGGCGACCCGACCCCAGAUGUCUUCUGGCUGCGCAACGAGCGCGAGAUCGCCGGCGAGGACCAGUUCUUCAUCACCAGGGAGUCCGGCUGUAGCACCAUCACCAUCAACGACGUCCACACGGACAACUCCGGCAAAUACACUGUGCUGGUGCGCAACCGCUGCGGCUCCGAGUCAGUGGAUGUGACCGUGAGCGUGUACAAGCGUGGCGAGGUGCCACCGGCCAACGCUGUAGAGAUGGGUUUGUGAAAGGAGGGGGUGGACAGAUGACUAGUUCAGAGUAGUUGGCAUAGAUCAAGGGUGGGCACACUUUUGUGAUGAAGGACCACAUUUGAUUUUUAAGCAGACAGAUGGAGCAGGUCAUUAGGAAAUUAGGUUUAAAAGGUGUUUAAAUGUGUAUGUAAAACAGUUUAAGCUAAUAAUAUUUUAAAAAAUGAAAAUAUAUUUUUAAUAGUAAA